AUGAAGGGUGGAAGCAGGAUAUGCAAGAAGAGAUCAAAGCAUUGGAAGAUAAUGACACUUGGACUCUUGAACAUCUUCCUCCUGAAAAAUGAGCUUUGGAUUAAAGGUUUGGAUUACAAUGAGACGUUUGCUCCGGUUGUAAAGAUGGCAACACUUCGUGCUUUUCUCGCCGUUGCUGCUUCAAAAAAUUGGGAAGUUCACCAAAUGGAUUUACACAAUGCAUUCCUUCAUGGUGAUCUUGAUGAGGAGGUUUACAUGAAAUUUCCCCCCGGGUUCGAGUGUUCGGAAAACGAGCUUUGGAUUGAAGGUUUGGAUUACAAUGAGACGUUUGCUCCGGUUGCAAAGAUGACAACGGUUCGUGCUUUUCUCGCUGUUGCUGCUUCAAAAAAUUAG